GUAUCUUGCGGCACGAAACAGACCUUGCUCGCUUUGCGAACCUGAGUAUGUCACUGAAGCUACCAUCUAUGCCUGAGGAUGGCAGCUUCACGCACUUCAACGAGCGGCACAAAGAGGCAUGGAUCUGCGACGGCUAUGACUAUCGUGACACACGUGAUGACUCGAAUGAAGUGGAGCAUGCUGUGCGAGAGAUCCUUCAGCGCGCUGCUGAAGCAAUCUGCUCCCCGUUGAAUGGCAUCAUGUGCCGCUGGGAGCCCCCAGGCAAAGGGGAAGGCGGGUAUUUACCUGACCUAUCUUCGGCAAAGGGCUCGGGAAGGCUUGGAGCUGAGCUUGUGAAGCGAUAUCCAGAAGGCGACAUUGCUAUGGUCCAAGCAGGAUUGCUGGUGGCUUUGGGCGGCCCUCUUCGUGAGAAAUGGCUUUACUCACAGCCCCGUGAUGAGGAACAUCCGAUUAUGACUUAUCCUGAAACUACUCAGCCGUUGAACUAA